GGAGAUAUAUCCUCCAAACAACCAGCAGCCCUGAGGUGGCUCACACUCUUUUGACAUAUUUGCUUCCUCCUCUUUUUGCUCUGCUCUUUUGAUUCAUUUUUAAGGCUGAUUCAACUUUGACGGGAUCAAAAACCUUGCUUUUGGGGACAGCAUGGCAUUGCGACAAGAUUCAGACAAGGAGCCGAGCAUUGAGUUAUUUGUUAAGGCCGGCCAUGACGGUGAAAACGUGGGCAACUGCCCCUUCUGCCAGAGGCUCUUCAUGGUGUUAUGGCUGAAAGGAGUCAAGUUCACCGUGACCACUGUUGAUAUGAGAAAGAAGCCCGAGGAGCUGAAAGACCUGGCCCCCGGCACCAACCCGCCUUUCCUGCUCUUCAACGGCACCCUCAAAACAGACUUUAUCAAAAUCGAGGAGUUUCUCGAGCAAAUGCUGGACCCUCCCAGGUAUCCUCACCUCAGCCCUCUAAACAAAGAGUCCUUUAACGUGGGUGCUGACAUUUUUGCAAAGUUUUCCGCCUUCAUCAAGAACACACCAAACAAUGCCUUUCAGGAGAAAAAUCUGCUGCGGGAGUUUAAGCGUCUGGACGAUUAUCUAAACUCUCCCCUACCCGAGGAAAUCGACCACAACUCAAGAGAGACCGUCAGUGUAUCCAAGAGGAAAUUUCUGGACGGGGAUCGCCUCACUUUAGCCGACUGCAACCUCCUCCCCAAACUGCACGUCAUCAGGGUUGCCUCCAAGAAGUACUGCAGCUUUGACAUCCCGGCCCAGUUCACGGGUGUGUGGCGAUACCUGCACAACGCCUACGAGCGGGAGGAGUUCAAACAGACGUGCCCGGCUGAAAUCGAAAUUGAGAAGGCUUACUUUGGAGUGGCCAGUAAGAGGAAAUAAAAUGGUCAUGCAUCAUCUGUAGAGGGUGCUAUGUGGUGCCAAAGAUAUUACAGCCAUCAGUUAUCUUAAGACAGGGAUGGGGAACCUUUUGGGGUUUUUUUUGUUUUGGGGCUUUGUAAAACAGUUUCUAGAAUCACCGUGUUUGGCUCAUGUGCCGCUAAUUUCUCACCACUGUCUUAAGAUCUCAAAUCACAGUACAUACAUGCUUCUUUUAUUGCUUCUGACUGUUCAAGUCACCUACGAGACUAAUUGUGCAAUUGACUGUUUACUUUAGUUUGUGUUUAUAGUGUACAUACGGACAGUAUAUUUUCAAUGAUUAUUAGUAACAGCAGCCCCCUUCAAAACUGUUCUUUUUUUAUGCAGAAAAUCUUCUAUUCCUGUCUGUUUUAUUCUGUACUAACAUAAUUGACAUGAUGGAAAUGUACCACAUUCAUAAAAAAAUAAAACAAUCAAAGCGUGA